AUGAUGAACCAUACUAUACCGAUUGUUAAAUCGCAAUCUUACAAGACCCAUUUAACUCCAAUAGCUCCAGCUCCAUUAAAUUUAGCUCCAAAACCAACCCCUGUUCAUGUUUUACCCAAACCUGCUAGUAUUAAUGAAUCUCAAACCUCUUGUGAUCAACUUGAAACUCAAAGUUUACCUUGUGUUAUAACUUCAAAACAAUGGGUAUUACCUCCAAGACCAAAAGCUGGUAGGAAACCACAAGAAAAGAAAAAACCCUCAAAUGUUUCAAAACUUAGCUCAAAUUUAACAAAUUUAAAUAUUCACAAGACUCAAUCUGAAAAUAAUUUAAAUCUUAAUGAUCAUGAUUUGAAAAAUCAAUUAGAUUCUGCCACUGAGGAAAAUCAAAAAUUGAAAAACAUUAUAUCGAGAUUGAAAUUAGAAAUUGAAUCAUUACAAGCUACAAAACAACAUCAUUUUGUUCAACAACCUCCAAUCUCACCUCAAAGAGAAGUUGUCUCCACUCCAAUCAAUAACUCAAUCACUUCAAGAGACGUUUCUCCAACUAUUGAUCCUAAAAACAUUCAACAACAAGAACAUUCAGUUAAAAGAACCAAGCGUCAAUAUAGAAAGAAGAAGAAGGCACCACCAAUACCUAAUGUUGAUUUACCAACACCUAAUCAAACACCAAUUUUGAAAACUGAAGAUAAUACACCAUCUCCCAUAUCACUUGUUGUUGAGAAUCAAAUUUCAUCAAACCUACCAAAUUUAGAAUCAAUCAUAAAGAAAGAUCAAGUGUUUGAAGAAGAAGAUGAAGAUCCUCAUUGUUUUAAAAAAUCCAAAACUAUUAAAUUGGAAAGAUCAAUGUCAUUACAACCUGUUGAACCACUCCCUUCUCAACAUUUCAAAAGUAUUGGAUUGGAUCGUACAAUGAGCAUACCUAUGGAAUAUUUAGAAACUAAUUUAUUGUCAAGAAGUACAACAAACACCAGUUCAUUUGAUGAUUGUAAAAAAUGUGGACAGGAUAGUUGUUUAUGUUUGGAGAGUGGACAUAUUGAUGAUGUUGGGAAAUUGAAUGAUGAGUUUAGAAAUGAUUAUGAUUUUAUUAAUGAAAAGAAUGAUAGAAUGAAUAAUAACAAGAAUAAUAAUAAUAAUAAUAAUGCUAAUGAAGAAAAUGAAUUUGAUGUUAAUUUUUAUAUAAAGAGUGAAUUUGAUGAUGACCAAUUUUUAAUGAUAUAG